UUGGUGACGUUCCACAUAACCUUUGAAAACAGUACAGUUUGAUGAAAGAAUAAUGAAAUAUUAAAUUAUUGGCGAUGGAUUUGGAAGUUAAAAUGAAAUGGGCCCAGACCGCCUCACCCGAGGAAUUACAAGCAGAACUGGAGAAAAUCACGAAAUUUAAAGAUGAAUCAUGGGUGAAUUUGAAUAGUCUUUCUGCUCAGAAAGUAUAUGUUGAUGAUAAAAUAAAGGGCCUAACUAAAAUCUUACCUACCCUGAGAAUGAUAAAUGAUGAAGCAGAUAAUUUGGUUGGUACAAUUAAAAAUAUUAGUGCAUCUUCAGAUAAAAUUAGUGCUGAAAUAAAAACAUUAGACACUGCUCGGAGCAGAAUUGAAGAAUGUCAAAAGAGAGUAUCUGAUUUGAUUGAUUUGGAAUUAUGUGCUCAAGGUGUUCAAAAAGCCAUAAAUGAUGAAGAUUACGAAACUGGUGCUGGUCAUAUCCAUAGAUUUUUAUCAAUUGAUCAAAACCUGCUGACAAAAACUGCCGCAGAUGUUGAGAAAGCUUCAGGCAUUCAAAAGGCUGUCCUCACUUUGAAAGAUGCUGCUUCACAAUUGCAAGCUAUUGUUCAGCAUAGAUUUGAUGAGGCAAUUAGGAAUGUGGAUUUGGGCACAAUAGAGAGGUUCUUCAAAAUAUUUCCAUUGCUGGGAAUGCAUGAUGAAGGCAUAAGAUGCUUCUGCCAAUAUUUAAGUACUAAAAUUGAAGAAGCUGCAGUAAAAAAUAUGAGUAUAGCUUUAAACACUUCUAUAUCAGACAAAAGGCAGCCUGUGGUAUUUGCUGAUACCCUGACGCUACUCUUUGAAGGUUUAGCUAGGAUGAUUGAUACUCAUCAGCCUUUAAUUGAAACGUAUUAUGGUCCUGGAAGACUGCUUUCUGCUGUUAGUAUAUUGCAAAAUGAAUGCGAUAAGCAGUGCAAUCGCAUAAUGUUAGAAUUUAAUAAGAAUCGUCAAUUGAACCGAAAAAUUUCAUUGAUAAAUGAAGUAAAUACGGGUGGAAGUUUUAGUAAAUUGGAUAGAUUGGACCCAAAAGAUUUGGAUAUAUUAAUUGGAGAGAUGACGGUGAUGCACAUGCGAGCCGAAUUGUAUAUAAGAUACAUACGCAGAAAAGUUACAGCAGAUUUGGAAAUAUCCACAAACGAUGAUGACGAAAAACGGAUCAAGCUUGAAGAAUUGGAAAAAGUCAUUAAAAACAGUCACCUAACGCAGAGUAAGCAUGAACUAUUAGGCAAUUAUUUGAGACUGGAACAGUAUUUUAUGGAGGAGUCUAUUGGCAAAGCCGUUAAUAUGGACACGUUUGAUACAAGCUCAGAUCAGCAAACUUCUUCAUUGGUAGAUGAUACAUUCUUCAUUAUUCGAAAAUGUAUUAGGAGAGCUAUUUCUACUGGAAGUUUGGAUGGAUGCUGCGCAAUUAUUAACACGGGGUGCCGAGUUUUAGAAUCCGAUUAUUGCGCGGUACUAAAAAACAAAUUAAAGCAGGGAUAUCCAUCCGGUUAUCUUGAUUUGACACAGGCCUACAACGUGUUACAAACAUCAUUGCAACAAGGACGGCUGCAGCCCAGCGAUGCAGAACAAGCAAGGACUACAUUCUUAGUAGCUUUAAAUAACGGCGAUGUUUCCACUGAAUACGUAGAAGCUCUCUGCGAUAGCGUUAUUCAGGAAAUCGAUCAAGUGAUGCCGAAUAUGAAAACCAAUGAUAGAGGUAAACUGGAAAGUUGCCUGUCAGGUCUCUCUUCGGUCACCACCAAUUUGAAAGACGUCAUUGAUUAUGGCAUGCAGCAAUUGCGUUCGAGCGCAGUGAAGCCCCGGGUGAAUCCUUGGGUGGAUGCAUUCCUGAACGUAAACCACCAAUUCACAGAGGAUGAAUUAUCUGCGUACGAGGCUGGUGUUCCGUUCGUGCAAACACUCAUGUUCAAUUUAGAUUCUUUGUUGUCCACGUUAAAAGCAUAUUUAACACCUACUAAUUAUGAUACUCUAGUUGGAUUAGUUACAUCGGAAAUAACUAGCAGACUUGAAAAAGUGAUAUUAAAGACGACGUACAACCGAUUGGGAGGUUUGAUACUGGAUAAAGAAGUUAGAAUGUUAGCUGGCUAUUUAACUACAUCGACGUCGUGGUCUAUGCGCGACAAGUUCGCUAGGUUGACACAGAUCGCAACUAUUUUGAACUUGGAGAAGGUUUCUGAAAUUGCUGAUUACUGGGGAAGCCACGAGGGAGCCUUGACUUGGAGAUUAACGCCAUCUGAACUGAGAACCAUUAUGGGUUUAAGGAUGGAUUUCAAAGUGGAAGACAUAAGGAGAUUAAAGUUAUAAAUCUGCGGAGUUCUCUCGAUUCAAUUUUAUUUAAUUUUUUUGUCAAGGAUGCAAAUAUUACAUACACAACCUUACUGUACUUCAAUAUACAGGGAUUCAAUUUGUGCCGAAAAGCAAUUGUAACAUCAGAUUUUCUCACGCAAAUCUAUUUUUAUCAUUUUAUGUGUUCUCUGGGACGGACAUGCAUUAAACUUACUGGUCCAACUAUCAGUCCAAAUAAAAGAAAUAACAUAAAAGUGUAGAAAUACUACCCCAUUUACAAUAUAAUAUAUUAGACAUUUGUUCAGUAAAGCCAUGUUUUUAUCUUCUUUUUUUUUAUUACUAUUAAUAUAUGUUAUAUAAAUAUACAUGUUAGAGAUUAAAAUUGUCCCAAUAUAAAUAUAAUUUUUCUUUAAUCUAAAUAUUCAGUCGGCAGACCUUAAUCAUAUUCCUAUGGACGCAGUAAGUAUGAAAUUCUUGGGUUU